UCUUUCCGCCUUCGAAAUAAAAACAAAAAAUAAAAAAGAGGGAAGAGCUGAGCUGCAAAACCCUAGCUUAAACCCUCCUCACGACCGUUCUCAUUUUUCACCUUGCUUCUGCUUCAACCACCAAUCUCCGUCCUACCUUACUCUUGUCCUGGAUCAAUGAACACGAAUUUUGGAGCAAGUAUUGACCUUGCAAGAUGCAAUUCGACAUCGCUUAGCCUUUGUAGUCCAAACUUGGAAAUAUCUGUGGCGAAGUUGCAUGUCCCUGUUCUCCGUUACUUCUCAAAUAGGCUUUCUGCAUAUUCAUUCGCUCCCAAAGAAUCGUUGUGUAGAAGAUCUAGAAAGGCUAGCACUAGAAUUUUGUACUCAAUCUCUAAUACAUAUGUGGACGAGAGCAACAAAAAUGAGGUGGGGCUUACUUACAAAAGUGCCGGUGUUGACAUUGAUGCUGGAUCAGAGCUUGUAAAAAGAAUCGCUAAAAUGACCCCCGGGAUAGGAGGAUUCGGUGGACUUUAUCCUUUUGGGGAUUCCUAUCUUGUGGCUGGCACAGAUGGUGUAGGAACCAAACUUAAGUUAGCAUUUGAAACUGGAAUUCAUGACACUAUAGGCAUCGAUCUGGUUGCUAUGAGUGUCAAUGAUAUUGUUACUUCUGGUGCAAAGCCAUUAUUUUUCCUUGAUUACUAUGCAACUAGUCGUCUUGAUGUUGAUCUUGCUGAGAAGGUUAUAAAAGGCAUUGUUGAAGGCUGUCAGCAAUCCGAGUGUGUUCUUUUAGGAGGAGAGACUGCAGAAAUGCCAGAUUUCUAUGCCGAUGGUGAGUAUGACCUUAGUGGUUUUGCGGUUGGCAGCGUAAAAAAGGAUUCAGUUAUUAAUGGAAAAAACAUUGUGGAUGGAGAUGUGUUAAUUGGCCUACCUUCUAGUGGAAUUCACUCGAACGGUUUCUCUCUUGUCAGAAGGGUCCUUACUAGAAGUGGGCUCUCGUUGAAAGACAAUCUUCCUGGUGAAUCGGCUACACUAGCUGAAGCCUUGAUGGCUCCUACUGUUAUAUACGUGAAGCAGGUCCUUGAUAUAAUUAGCAAGGGCGGUGUCAAAGGUAUCGCCCACAUCACAGGUGGUGGUUUUACGGAUAAUAUUCCCCGGGUGUUUCCAGAAGGUCUUGGAGCUGUUAUUUUUAAGGAUUCUUGGGUAGUUCCUCCUAUAUUCAAAUGGAUACAAAAGGCCGGAAGUGUGGAAGAUGCUGAAAUGAGGCGUACAUUUAAUAUGGGAAUUGGAAUGGUCCUUGUCGUUAGCAAGGAGGCAGCUCUUAGACUACUGGAAGAUGCACAAGCAACAAAUGUAGCAUAUCGGAUUGGUGAAGUUGUAAAGGGUGAUGGAGUGAGCUAUCAGUAGUAUGCCUCUGAUUUUUGUAACCAAGUGUUUUCAUCUCCCUGGUUAGAUUUUUGCAGCUACAACUGUCAAAGUACUAGCUACGUUGUGAGAUGCAGUUCUAGGGGUGAUCAUGAAAUGAAUGUAUUGACUAAUGUUGUAUCUGCAACUUACGAUACAGGCAUAAUGAAAGAAGAAAGAUAUACUUAGGGAUGGUGUAUAACAGAAACGUCAAAAUGUGUUACUUGUAUUGCCGGAACUUUCAUUCUUUAACUGAGUUUGUUACUUGUCAGGGAGUACUAUAUGCAGUUUUAUGGAUUAUUCAUUCCGGUAG